CCCAGGCAGAGGGAAGUUCACUUUAUACAGAAUUCCAUCGGCUCCAAGGAAUCUGACUGGGUUUAACUUUUUUUAAAGCACUUUUUGUUUUUUCCAAUGCGGGACUCGUCAAGAUAGUGUAGUUACACUUUGAUGCCUGAAGCUCAUUUAUCCCUCUGUAUUUUGUCAGGAACUCCUUUAUUUUUAAAAUGAUCCCAUUCUCAAUGUUGCGGGCAGGGAAGGUUGCCGCCAGACCCAUCAUGCUGUGGACUUUGCUCUGGGUUAUCUUCAGUGGAUGUCUGCUGAGUGAAGCCACCCCACACCUCACCUACCACAAACCUAGCCAGAAGGGCAAGAACUGGUGUGCUUAUAUAGUGAACAAAAAUGUGAGCUGUACAGUGAUGGACGGAACAGAGAGUUUUAUUCAGCCUCAGUACAGAUGUGCCUGGAACCAGAUGCAUUGUCAGCCAAUAAUGGUGUAUAGAGUGGGCUUCAGACCUCGGUAUACAACAUCAUACAAAGUUGUAACAGAGUUGGAGUGGAGAUGUUGCCCGGGUUUUAAAGGUCAAGAUUGCAAGGAAAGCCCUACUGAAAAUACCCCUCAAAUAUCUCUACAAACACCACAGCCUAACGGGGCAAAGAGUGGUUUAGGACCACAGAAAGAAAUUCUAAACCCCAGAAAGGAAUUCCAGGAAUUAAAUGAAGCACAGGGAAAAAAAAUUCAGUUUCUUGAAGAUGAAAUGCUUCGACUUACUCAGACCAUCAUUGACUUACAAACAUCUGUGGCGGGAGUAAAUGAAAACCUAAAAAUCACAAUUCAAGAAGAUGCAAGUAAAAUUAUAUCCUCAUGGCUUAACAAUUUGCAGCCUACAGCCAGCGCUACUGGAGGUAAAACAGAGACAAUAUAUUUACCUCCAUUUUCAGGAAGUGCUGAAAGAGAGGAUGGAAUGAGAGAUAUACUUUCUGAAUUACAGAAUGCAAGAGAAGAGUUAAGAAACAAAAGUGAAUUAAUAGAGGAAUUAAACAGAAAGGUUAACUCAUAUGAGGAACGUUUGAUUGAGUUUGAGGAAGCUUCAAAUGCUCUUAAACCCACAGUAUCUGGCCCUAACAUUAAUCAGACAUACAUAGAAGAAAAGGUUGAUGCACUGAGAAAUGAAAUCUUGGAUGGAAUGGACCGAAAAAUGGCAGAUCUUAAGAACUCUUGUGAAUAUAAAUUAAUUAAUGCUCAACAGGAGUGUGAGGAACAGGAGUCUAGUUGUUUAGAAGUGACAGAGCUUCUCAAAGAGAAGGAAACCGCUCUCCGGAAUGAAAUAAAUGAACUAAGAACCCUGUUUCAAAAACAACCAGAUGGUAAAGGCUGUUGCAAAAGUGAUGAUUUUGAGAAUAAAUUUAAGAACUUGAAUCAAAAGGUUGAGGAGAUUGCUGAAGCGCACAGAGUCCUUAAUGUUAGGAUAGAUAAUGAGGUGUCCCAUUUUAACACCAUUAAAUUGGACAAUACAUUUGAUGAAAGAUUGAAUGAGUUAGACUUUAAGAUUAAUGUGACCGAGAAGAAUGCGGAGGAGCACUGCUAUUAUAUUGAAGAAUCAUUGAGAAGUUUGAUUGAAUCUAAUCAUGAAGACAUUAAGAAUUUAAUUGACAGUAAACUCCAUCCAGUUCAAGACAAACUAGGAAGUAUUUUAUUGGAGAUUUCCAAUUAUUCUACUGGUGGAAAUGAUUUUAGUAAUGAUCCCAAUGAAUAUUUAGAUGAACUCCGCUAUUUGAAGUUAACAGUUCAGCAGGUUGAGAACCAACUGGAAUCCAUCUUACAAGCAAAGCAAGGCGAACACGGAAGUAAUGACUGGUAUAGCAACAAUUACCAAAUCUUGCUUCAGAGAGAAAGUGAUAAUGCCGUUCUUUUGAAGUCGUUAAAUGAUACUUUCAAUGAAAGGUUUGAACUAAUUCAAAACAACAAACUAGGUAUUGAGGAAGUUCGGAGUGAACUAGGCUCGCUUCGUUACAGCGUCAGCAGGACUGAAGAUGAUGUGAAUGCAUUAAAUAAUGCAAUGAGCCUGUUUAAUGACCAGCUGAUAGAGGUAAACUCUACUGCUACGAACUCCAAUAUGGGACUUUCUUCAAAACUAGAUGAAAUGAGAAAUCUCUGCAACCACACCUCCUUACCUGCUUCAAAUGACCAAUGUUGUAAGAGUCUUAAGGACAAAUUUGAACUUCUGAACAGCAAAGUAUCUGCUGACAAAGGAAAAUGCUCAGACAACGCUCAGGUUGAUGCAAGGCUGUCUAAGUUGGAAAAUGUUUGCGGGAAACUAGACACCAUAUCUGGCAGCCUGCAAAGGAUUAAAGAUGGGCUUAAUAAGCAUGUUACCAGUUUGUGGAACUCUGUACGUAUCCUUAAUGGGACAAUAAAAUCUCAUACAACUGACAUUUAUGGCCUCAAUACAUCUGUCCAGGUCUGUAACACCCGGGUCAUCAAAAUCACUUCUGAUCUUCAAGAUCUUCUCAAGAAUAAACCAGAUUCAGAUACAGAUGGUUUUCAACAAAGAGUAAUACCUCCACUACCACCUCCAAAAACACCACUGAAGCCAUCUUCCCCACAGGGUCCACAGCUGCCAGUGAUUCCAGAAUCAAGUAAAGAACCCGUGCAACCAAAUGUACCUCAGUAUCCUUCUAAGCCAAAAGUUCCAGAUGAACCACUGAAGCCAAAGUUACCUGAAGAAUCCGCCUAUCCAAAACCAAAACCAAUACCCUCUCAACCAGUUGCACCUUUCUUGCCAGGAUCUGUCAUCACCUUACCACUUCCUGGUAACAAUGGAAUGAUCAUAGAGAGUGGACAGGCUGGGCCUCCAGGAAAAAUAUUGAAAUCUGGAUCAGAUCGACCUCAAGGUGUAGAUGGACAACAAGACAUGCCGGUUGCAACAGGGUUUGCUGGAGCACCAGGUUAUCCUAAACCCACGGCUGCAUCACCAGCAAGAAGUAAUUGUAUUUGCAAUCUAAUUAUUAUUUAUUUGUUUUCUUUUAUCUUUUCAGAGUAUCCUGAAUUACGUGUGUUUUCAGAAUCAAAAGGUUACUUUGCAUCAACUUCGCAAAUGAUAUCCUUUUCCGCUGGAUUAAGUGAUCAUUUAAUUUCUGAUGACGUUGGAAUUAUUCCUUUUAACAAAGUCUUGGUAAAUGAUGGAGAACAUUACAAUCCAUCAACAGGCAUCUUCACAGCUCCUGUUGCUGGACGGUACAUGAUCUCAGCAGUUCUUACUUCAGCACACAAUGUUCAUUUGGAGGCAAUCUUGUCUGUGUCCAACGUCAGUAUAGCACAGAUGGACACGUCCGGCUACAGAAAAGAGCUUUUGGAAUAUCACAGACCAAGCUCAAGACAGACUUGCGGUGGGGCCGGAACAUUUAAUCUUAUUCUACACCUGAAUGUUGGAGAUGAAGUCAGCAUAGUGCUAACAGGAGGCAACCUUGCCCAUUCAGACUCAGAUGAAAUGUAUUCUACAUUUAGUGGCACCUUUUUAUAUCCAUAUUCUUCCCACAGCUAACGUGAUAUCAAAUUGAGAGACUUUCUGAAAAUAUACUGAAUGUAAUUCAUAUUGAAGGGUUAAUGUAUACUUUUUACAACUGCUAUUUACUUCAUUUGUGAGCAAGUUUAGAACAUAUUCCAUACCUGAUCAUUCUUUCACUAUGCUAAGAAAUGUUUUCCUUUCAAUUUUCACCAAAUCUUUUUCUGAACACUUCUACAAAAACAAUCGUGCACGUAAUGAUUCUUGAUCUUACAUUUUUAUUUCCACAACUUUUUUUUUUCUAAUGCCAUGUUAUAUUACCCUGCAUCUGUUAUCCUAGGUUUCAAAAUGUAAUAUUUAGCAUAUGAUUUGCAUUUAUCACUAUUUAAUUUGGGUGCUCUGUUUUAAACAGCUGUUAAUUAUUCAAAAAACUAGAAGUGCCUUUUUCAUUCUACGGUGCCUCUCUUUUGCUGGCGUUAUACAUCAGAUUUUCCUGGGCUCCACAAAUUUUAAAAUUUAGGAGGACAACUAGCUUGUGUUCAUGACCCAGCAGUUGUCUUUGUUAAAGAACUUUCCUGGGUCUCUCUCAGAUUGUGUUCUCCGUAUGAAUGUUUAUGUAUAAGAUAAAUUACGAGUUAAGCAAACUGUAAACUAGGUCAGGGGUGGAAAAACUGUAGAUUCACCCAGAUGUUGUAGAACUACAGCUCCUUUGAUGUUUUGCAACCUUGAGGCAGAUAGGGGAACUACCUUUUGGCCGUCCCAUUAGGGUAAUAAAAUAUGAACAUCCAGCUGUUGCUAAAACUAAUAAUUGAAAUGUUUAUGGGAAUUCACUAACAACUGGAGAUGCUUAUUUUCCUUGAGUGUUCUCUGACUUCUGCUCAUUGUAUCCCAUGUAGGGAUGAGGAUAUCCUAAAAUGCACUUAUGGCAUUUUUUGUGCUGUAUGACGUCAAAUAUUUACUGUCUACAGAAAAAAAAAAAACAUUUACUGUAAAGGAGUAAUUGCCAUAGCUGCACUGUACAGUUAUGUAACUAUAAUUACUUAGAUAUUUUAAAAUACUUGUUUUUUUUUAAAUCAUAUAUACCAUUGCAAUGAUAAACUAUUGGUGAUUAUUUUUUUUAUAUUGAAUGUAUUUUAUUAAAUAAUUUUAAUAUUUUUAUUACAUUUUAAAAUAAUGGGAAAACUUAAAUUCAUUGGAAAGUCAAAAUACACAAUACCUAUGGGUUUCCAGAUGUUCUUCCUGUAUAUUAAUAUUCAUGCUGAUGGGCAAUAUAUUAAAAGAGCUGCCCUCAGUAUGUAGCAUUCUGAUGCUAGGAAAUAAGCAAGGACAAAGAUCAAAGCACUUCCUUUGGGAAUUCUCCUUUGCUACUUUAUGGAUUACUGUUAUGCAGCACAUUAAUUCUUCAUACUCCAAGGCAGCACUUACAAGCACUACUCUACAGUAUGCUGCAGUGAUAUCUGUCCAAAACACUGCGGAUCACUCAAUCCUACCUUCUCACAAUGCACCAAAUAUAUGUGUCCGUUAUCGUAGAUACUUAACCAUAAUGUUAUAAUUCACCUUUAAGAAACAAAAUCCACGAACACUAAAAUAAAUAGUUACUAUAGCGGAGAGAUAACUAUCUAUACUGAAUAUUUAUUUGAGCUAAUAUUUAGUCACUUUAAAAAUCAUACAUACAUACACACACACCCACCCACCCACCCACCCACACACUUUCCUACUACUGCUUUUGAUAACAUUUUAAAAAAAAAAUCUUAACUGUGACUGUUACUUUGAGGACUACAAGCAAAGAAAAUUGACUAGUUCCUACCUUCCUCUUCUAUCCCCAUUAAUAAAUAGUACCAUAUCUUGUUGUAGGUUAGAUGCCGGAGGCCAUUUCAAUUAUGAUUUAGUACAACCCGAUAAACAAGCAAACUUCUUUAUCCUCCGUUUGAUUAGUUUGUUUUCUUUAGCCACUUUAUUGUAUGUGUGAGUGUCUUCCACUGACUCAACUUCAGCAUCUCAUGUCACUAUGAUCAUUUCUUUGUGCAUUUCUUAUUGGAGUUUGAGAAUGAGAUGCUUUUGUUAAAAUACAAGAGUAGACACCACAGCAAUGUUCCUCUCUAUGUAUAUUUUGUCCUCAUUCUGACAACUUUCAUUAUUGUGUUUUCCCAAACAUUUAAAGUUCUGUUUUUUAUUUAAAAAAAUAAACUAUUUAAAUUAUCACCCAAUAAAAUUUUAAAUAAAUUAUAUUAUGUAUGAG